AUGACUUCACAACAAGUAAAAGCAACCAUUCACAUUGCUAAUCAGGCUGUUCCUGUUUAUAGCGCAUAUUCCAAGCAUGAAAUAAAUGAUGUCUUGGCUUUUCAACCUUUCAAAGACUGGCUUAUAGCAUUUAAUAAACAGCAAAAGUCACGUCAAAAUGAAUUCGACUUUAAAUCUGUUGAUAUACAGAGUAUCGACCGUUUUGGUGAUAAAAUUGGAUUCAUCAAAUUUAAAGCAAAUGUUCAAUACAAGAAAACAGGCAAAAGUGCACCAGGCAUUGUAUUUAUGAGAGGAGGUGCUGUAUCUAUGCUACUUGUACUGAAAGCUAAAGAUGAACAAGAUAAAAUCAUACUUACUCUUCAACCACGUAUACCUAUACCUCAUUUUGCUUUUCCUGAGCUACCAGCUGGUAUGCUAGAUGGGUCUGGUAAUUUCGUUGGAACAGCAGCAAAAGAGAUUGAAGAGGAAACUGGAUUAAAAAUAAAAGAAGAAGAACUUGUAGAUCUAACUGAGUUAGCCUACGGUGAUCAAUACCGUGGCGUGUACCCUUCUGCAGGCGGAUCAGAUGAGUUUUUAAGAUUAUUUGCAUGCGUGAAGCAUCUGGACAAGUCUGAGAUUGAUGAGUUAGAGGGCAAAUUGACGGGCCUUCGUGAUCAUGGGGAAAACAUUACGUUAAGACUGGUCUCAUUUAAAGACGCAUGGAAAGAGUCGCCUGAUGCUAAGCUAUUGUCAAGUUUAACCCUUUACCAGGCAUUGAAAUCAAAAAUUGAAAAAUAA